GUGCAGGGUGACAACAGGCAGGACCGUGAGCAUCUGCGCGGCAUAUUGGAGGUGACCACAACGUUAGGUGAGAUCUCAGACAGAACGAUGGAUAGGGUGCUUGCGGUUGGUGAGACGCUUUCGUGUCGAACCGUGCUGCCUCGUUGGAAAGUCAGGUCGUGUACCAUCGGUGGCAUUCCUGCAAAAGUUGUCAUUCUUGACGAUGUUGUGCAGCAAAGCUACAGUGGUGACCAGCGCAGCUUGUUGCAGAUAUACAAGGCUCAGCCGGCGGAGUUCUUGCGUGGCUUGACCGGUGCGAUACAGGCGAAAAUCAAAGCAUGUGAUGAAAAGGUCCCAGUUGUCACCGGGUUCUUUAGUGCCAUGCCUGGUGACUUGAUAGCGAGCGUCUCGCGUGGUUACUCAGAUCUGUGUGCAGCACUCUGCGCUGUCGCCGUCGGUGCCGAGGAGCUGCAGAUCUGGAAGGAAGUAGAUGGUAUCUUCACCGCCGACCCUCGCAAGAUCAAAGCUGCAAGACUGUUGGUAACAGUUACGAGCGAAGAGGCAGCGGAGCAGACCUACUACAAGAGUGAAGUCAUUCACCCACUUACCAUUGAACAGAUCAACGGUGCUGAGAUACCGCUGAGGCUAAAGAACGUGAUGAAACCGAAAGGUGGAGGUACGAUCAUCUACCUUUUACAACGGCCAUCAACACCCUCGAGCGGAAGUGACAAUCCAAUAAGACCGCUCACACCAGUAUCUAAUACUCGAAUGGCUGUCGCGAAAGCGAACUUCAUGAAUGCAAACGGUUAUUACGGACCAAAUCAUUGUCGCCGCAGUCCUACAGCCGUAACCGUCAAGGGAGACAUCGGCGUCCUUAAUAUUCAAUCGCACGGUAUUACGUCUUCCCAAAGAUUUCUGUCAGGCGUCAGCAACAUCCUGGAAACGUAUUCCAUCAUAGCCGACUUGACUACCAGUAGUCAGCAGAUGUUGAGUCUAGCUGUUUGUGCGCCAAAGGUCUUGAUGCUGCAAGAUGCCACUGCAAGUCUUGGUGGCUAG